GUGAUAAGAUAUACGACAACAUGGGGUCACCACCAUUAUCACGUCCAUAGCUCAACGGCGACCCGUACCGUCUUCCCUUCCCUCCCCCAAUCACCAGCGACGCCCGCCUUCUGCACCUGUCCUGCUUUCUCAAAAGCCAUUCUUUUAAUGGACUCGCAUAUCAUGUGCAAACAUGUACUGGCGGUGCAGCUGGCGGAUAGACUUGGAAAGUUCGUCGAGAAGCAGGUCGGACCGGACGAUUUUGUCGCCUUGCUUAGAACGGAAUCUUGA